GCGCUAAAAAUUGUUACUAUUUCUUCUUUUAGUUAUUAAACCAAAUAAAAGUUAACAUAAAAACAUGAAGUGCAUUUUACCAGGACGAUGCGUAAAGUUAUUUGGUCGAUCAAUACAUUGCUUGUCACGUAUCGGUGACGAAUUGUUUUUCGAAGCUUUAAAAGACGGUUUAGCUUUACGCACUGUCAAUUCUUCUCGAUCAGCAUACGCAUGUUUUGUUUUUUCCAGAGCGUUUUUUCACGAGUACGACCAAGGUUGUGAAGACAUUGAAAACUCGAACCCUGCAGAAGUACUGAAAUGUAAACUCACAAUGAAAUCUUGUUUAGCGAUAUUCAAGUCAUUACCUACUAUAGAGAAGACUGUGGAACAGUGCAAGAUCACCUUUCAACCGAACGAAUGUAGACUGGUAUUCACGUUAUAUUGCAGACAUGGUAUCACGAAAACACACAAUUUGACCUUUCAAGAGUGUGAAAGUUUGCAGGCUGUGUUUUCGAAGGAACUUUGCCCAAAUCUUAUCAUAGCACAGUCAAAAGUUUUACUAGACACUGUGAUGAAUUUUCCGAACAGCUGCGAAGAGAUCUCGAUGUCUGUUUGCCCGCAGGCUGUAAAAGUACGCAAUUUUGUUGAUGAUGAACCGGACCCUACAAAAGUUGUUCAUACAGAAAUGACUUUAGUACCAGAAGAGUUCGACAACUUCCAAAUUGGGAUAGACACUCAAGUGACUUUUUGUUUAAAAGAACUGCGAGCUAUUUUAGCUUUUAGUGAAUUUGUUAACCAACCAUUAGCUAUUCAUUUUGAACACUCUGGCAAACCUAUUGUGUUUGCGUUGGACAAUGAUGAGUUGUACGAAGGAAAUUUCGUAAUGGCGACACUCUCUGAAAACGAAUCACAAACCCAACAGAGUCAACUUGCAACGGACGCUACCAACACGAAACAAACGCAGGAAAAAUUUUCUUCGCAAAAGCACAAGUCUAACACAAUUAGUAACGACAAUAAUCUUAGAAAAAAAAAACAUGAAAAACUUAUAAGCAAAAGCCCCGAACAAACUGUUCCGAAUGAAGAAGAAAUAGUUUGCAAUAAAUCUAAACGGGCGAAAAUUAGCACUGUCGACAAUACAACUGAAAAUAUUGGGAAUGAUUUCUUUACAGACUCCUUUCCUUACAAAGACAUGCUUAAAAGCCCCGAACACAAUUCCACACAAAGAAAAAGACAAAAUCUAGCAAAACCUUUCUCGCAGUUGAACACUUCCAUCCUGAGAAAUAAUACUCAAUCAAAAGACGUUAGUAAAAUUGAUUUAACGGUCGAUGAGGAGAACGAAGUGCUGAUGAGUACACCUCCUCCUAACAGAACUAAAAAGAGUGUCAUUUUUUUUGGGAGCGACGAGAAGGAAGCUAACAAGACAGUCAAUGCUGUAUUACUGGCAGCAGACACGGAUAGCGAAGAUGAUUAAUAGUUUUUUCUUUUAGUUCGUAAUGUUUGUUAUCAUCUGUUACAGUGUCUGUUAAAAUGUGUUUGCAUUGUUGAAAGAGCUCGUUGAAUUGAUAUAGAUUA